AUGGGAGAAGAUUUGGGUGGUGUAAGAAGCACCACCCAAAAGCCUGUACCAAUUAAACCAGCACCAGUGCAAAAGGUAAAUCUGGGCUCAACUCUGCAGAAUGCAGCCAACUUGGUCAAGCUGGCUGGUGGAAAUAAUGUAGCUUUAGCUCUUCCUGUUAAUAACCUGAUCAGUACUGGAGAUACUGGAACUCAAGCUCAAAUUAUUGCAGAAAGUGCAGCUGUAAUUUCUACAUCUACAAAACCUAAGAAAUCUAGAAAGAAGAUUGUGCCUAUAGUUGCAUCCUCACAGGGUGAAAAUUUAACAGUGGCAGAAAAAGUAAGAACUGUACUCAUAGAGACCACUGCUGAUAACAUUAUCCAGGCUGGAAAUAACUUAUUGAUUGUUCAGAGUCUGGGCUCUGGGCAACCAGCAGUUGUGCAGCAAGUUCAGGUGGUACAACUGAAACCAGAUCUGCAAGUGGUGCAGAUUCCUCAGCAAGCUCUUUGGGUGGUACAGGUAGCAACUGCAACACUUCCAAUUGUUCCUCAGAAGCCAUCCCAGAAUAUUCAUAUUAAGAACCCAGAUCCAUCUCCUACUACAAUCUACAUAAAAACUCCUUCGGGUGAACUGCAAUCAGUUCUUUUGCAAGAAGCACCAGCAGUAACAACAGCUUCAUCCACUUUAUCAUCAUCAUCGUCUGCAAGCACAGUGCAACGAACAACGCAGGCAGGAGGAAGCAGAAAAUCGACAUCUACACAACGCAAAGAAAGGACUUUGCCCAAGAUUGCCCCAGCUGGAGGAAUCAUCAAUUUGAAUGCUGCUCAACUUGCAGCAGCAGCACAAGCUGUGCAGACUAUAAAUAUUAAUGGAGUUCAAGUACAAGGAGUGCCUGUCACCAUCACCAAUGCAGGAGGACAGCAGCAGUUGACAAUACAGGGAAUCUCUGGAAAUAAUCUGUCAAUCAGUGGACUGAAUCCAUCCCAGAUCCAGCUACAGAUGGAGCAGGCACUUACUGGGGAAAUACAGCCACAGCCAGGAGAGAAGCGACGGCGUAUGGCCUGUACCUGCCCAAACUGUAAAGAUGGAGAGAAGAGGUUAUUAGAACAAGGAAGAAAAAAGCAUAUCUGCCACAUUCCUGGUUGUGGCAAAACGUUCCGGAAGACUUCGCUGUUGAGAGCUCAUGUACGACUGCACACCGGCGAACGUCCAUUUGUCUGCAACUGGGUGUUUUGUGGGAAGAGAUUUACACGUAGUGAUGAGCUUCAGAGGCAUGCUAGGACUCAUACAGGUGACAAGCGUUUUGAGUGCCUGCAGUGUCAGAAACGUUUCAUGAGAAGUGACCAUUUGACAAAGCACUAUAAAACUCAUCUUGUCACAAAAAAACUUGUGAUAAUUAACUGUAAUGGAACAGAAGGAACUGCUCGCUGUCUAUUAAGGCAGAACUCUACCCCUACUCCAACCAAAAAGGUUAAUGUAUGUAAUGGAUGUACAACAGAUAAAAAAAGAAAAAAAUCAAGACAUAUAACAAGUGCAUUGCAGUGUUGAAGACAAUCCUGUGGUACUUUUCUCGUGUCAGCAUUAAAAUAUUCCUGAUUGCUUUCAUUUUCAGCUGGUAUGAACAUUUGUAAGGGCUCCCAAGUGGCAGUGUGGUGCUAACAUUGGUGCCUGCUGUAUACUGUAACAUUUCUGCAGAAUUAUUUUUAGAAGGCUGCUCGAGAAUUUACUUUCAGUAGCUGAAGUAUGAGGACACUGAAUGCCACAAGUGCAUUUUCUUCAUCUAAGGAGAGCCUGUGUGCUUACAGAAUUAAAGACUGAGAUCAGUGGAAAUGAACUAUGCAUCUGCCAACGAUGCUGCAUCUUGUAUUCCUUAUUGGAAGCACUGCUUUGAAGGAAGAAGUGACUGUGUAGAAACAAAGAAAAAAAAAACAGAGGGAAAACAUGUACAGUAUGUUAAAAACCAAUGCAUUUGUCUUGUAGCACAUUCCCGCUUUGUAAGUGCAAAACGUUUUAGGUAAUGCUGUUGUUUUCUAUUGAUAAAGUUGCCUUAGACUUGCUGCAGCAAAUAAUGAAGUUGUGUGUGAGAGUAUGCUUGAAGGAUGUAUGAGUGCACACAUAUGCUUCUCUCAUUUCUUAGGUUCUUACUGAAUCAUGAGAUGAAAAACUUAAUCUACCGAUGAUCCCAUUUUCUUAAAGUAUUGAUUUGAGUUUCUAACCUUAAAAUGCAAGAAGAAUGUGUAUAAUGUAAAAUUGAUAUAUUGCUACUGCUUAAAUAUAUUGCCUAUUAUUUGAGCUUUAAAUUAAAAAAUAAGUCCAUCUUUA